AUGCAGGUUCUGUUCAGAGCGGUGCUGCUACUGCUGCUGCUGAGCGCCGGUGCAGCUGAUGAAUGUGACAUGCCCGAGAAGGUGCAGCCACAGCAGAUGGACAAGAUUGUGGAGUCUCACUGGGUUCUGGUGGAGGCGUUCUCGGAUUAUCCACAAGGUAUAGACUUAGUGAGGUACGCCAACAGCUCGGUGGUGGAGGUAGAGACAAGAAGUGACAACAAAACCUUCCUGCUGGUGGAGAGGAACGUUGUGGGUGGAAAAUGUCUCAUCUUUCGUCUCAACAUGACGAUUCCUGAUCCCGAGAAGUCCAACCACACUUUGGAGCUGGUAGAGCCCGGAACAAAGGAGUACGACGGCGUUGUUUCUGUGUACGAUGAUCAGGGCCGAGCAGAUUUCUACCAGUCCUGUCCCGACUGUCUGCUAGGCAUCUACAGUGGCAUUUUCGAGGGGAAAAUCGGGAGAAUGCUGCUCUUCUACAGGAAAGAAGGGAAACACCAGGAUGCUGAUGACCUGAAGGCGGCAGCGGUAGUCCAUAAGAAGAUGGCUGAGUGUCUGAAGUUUGAUGUCUCCACGUGGUUCACCUACGACGGGGUGGCAGAGUUUUGUGUUGACAAGAAGAAAGAAGCCUGA